GGAACACCAGGGAAAAUAGUAACAUUCUUCACGGCAACAAUGGGAUAACGAGCCUUGGUCCCUCGAGGCUUCUCCUCUGCAAAGUGUAGCACUGCAGACUCAGGAAUCUUGCAGAGAGGAAGCUGAUAGAGAAGUCCGAAGAAGAAGACGAAGACGACCGCCGAGUGCACUAAAACAUUGUCACGUGUGGUUUUCUUGCAAAGGCCUCAUAGGAUUCGGGAAACGUCUGAAUAAUUAUCCCAGCCCAAAAACAAUACCAAAGCAAAGGUGGUGAGAGUGAAUAUGUGAAGGUUUCAAGUAUAGAAAAAAAAAUCCAGGCUUUACACUUACUUUGAAAACACUCUACAAGUCUGGAUGACCUAACAACACUGCAUGAUUCCAAGAGGACACCAAGACCUGUUGUUCAUACUCACAGGCUCCUCACUCAAAGUAAUAUAUAUCUUAUGAAUGACAAGUAGUGAAAAUGAACAGGAGGGCCUUACCUGUGUUCAGACUGCUUAUCCGAAAUUUAUCCUCAAAGAAAUAUAACCCCAAGUUUGAUUUUGAAGCUGAUCCAGAUGUAGCAAAGCAUUUGAUAGAUGGCUCCUACAAGCCUCGGCGGCACCCCGGAACACUGGAUGUCAGGACUGUCUCCCUCCCUGACCCACUUAAGGAGGCAGUGGCUGUUGUCUUACAAGACUACCCAGAGAAGAAUGUACAGAAAGAUGCACAGGUUCUGAAUCGCUACCUGUGGUCCCGCCACGCUGCUCUGGAGCCCGAGGAGGUGAAGAUGAGGUACCAUGAAGUGAGAGAGAAAAUCAAAAUGAAAGACAACAUUGAUCCAGACUCUCCUGAUAUACCACAAGAGGAGAGGCAGCAGCUGCUUGAUUCCUUGCAGUCCAAGGUUUAUGAGAGGAUAAAGAAGGAGGCAUAUAAUUGGCAGGCCCUCCAAUAUGACACAUACAAGUCUGUUCUAUACCUUGCUGCACGUCUGGCUCCAGAUUUUGCAGCGCUAGUGCAGAUAAUGAGUGACAUAAAGAAGAGAGACCCAGGCUACACACCACUCACCAUGCUGGAUUUUGGCUCUGGGGUUGGGUCAAGCAUGUGGGCAGCAGACCAUGUUUGGCCACACAUCUGCCGAGAGGUGGUAUGUGUUGACAGCAGCUCAGACAUGAAUGACCUGGCUGACAGGCUGCUACGUGGAGGUGACCCUGAUAAGCCCCGUCUGGUGCGAGAGGGUGGGACUUUCUUCAAGCAGUUUUUGCCUCUUUCUAACUUACUCAAGUAUGAUUUGGUGGUUUCUUCUCGUUCACUCUUUGAAAUCCCAAACAUGAACAUGAGACUCAGAACCAUAGAUGUUUUAUGGCAGAAAACUUCAGGUUAUUUGGUGUUAGUUGAGGCAGGAACAAAUGAAGGUUACAGGUUAGUGCAAGAAGCUAGAGAUUAUUUGUUAGAGUUAAGCAGAAAAGCUCAGGAAGAGGGAGAGUCAAAUCCCAAGGGUUAUGUCUUUGCGCCUUGUCCACACGAUAACUUUUGCCCAAGGUUCUUUGAUGGUAGUAAUAUUCCUUGUAAUUUUGAAGUGCAUUACAAGCCACUUGCUCUUGGGAAAAAUAAAAGAACUCAGAGAGAAAUAUAUACCUAUGUAGUAUUUAAACGAGGAAAGAGGGAAAUAUCAGCUGAAAAACAAUGGUCUCGAUUGGUGGAAGACCCACUGUGUCGUAAAAAGCACUUGGUAUGCCGUGUGUGUACUCCCUCCGGCACCCUGAGGGAGGUGACGGCAACCAAACGCAGGCAUAGUGCUGAGUGCUACAAGCUUGUUAGAUAUUCAAGAUGGGGAGACUUGUUACCAGUACAGCUUUCUGAGGUGUCUGACCCCAGUAAUGUAAUCACUCAGGACAGUGAUGAACAAAGUGAACCACAGGAAUGGAUUCAAAACCAAAAUCCUAUUUAGUAAUUUAAUUGCAGUAUAUUUGAAAUAUGAUUUGUCUUGUACAUACUGUACUUUGUUUUUUAUGAUGUCACCAAGCCAAAACAUACCUGCUUACAAAUUGUGCCAACUAGCCAUUCUGAUAUGGCAGUGUUGACCAAGAUGUGUGAAAUACCAGAGGCUGCUCUGAUUGCACCAAGUUUGUAUUAUAAGGGAUGCAUGGGCUCAGCCCAGGAUCAUAUUAGCUCACACACCUUUGAUCAUUUGUGUAAUUUGUUCAAAUUUUAUAUGUUCAAGUUCAAUUUUUCAAAGGUUAUCUAUUUUGUGUUGGAUGAUCAUUUUAUCCUCAAGAUCAAUUUUAUUGCUAUGGAAAGGAGACAGACAAGACAGACCUGGUGUUCUUACCCCUUAGCACUAUAGACUGUGUUUAAUGAAACAAUAUGUUAAAAAAUCUAUAACUUUAUUUUUUUUGUAUUCAAAGGACUACUUGUAUCCACUACAUCACUUUCCAUGAAAAGGUUUUCCAUAAUGAGGAAAGAAAGUGGUUUGCACUGACAAAGAGUGACCUAAAGGGUUCAAAGUUAUUAGAGGUGAAAUACAGUGACACUUAAAGCCGUGAAAUGACACUUGAAAGUGAGGUCAGUGCGUACCAUCAGCAUGACCUCACACUUGGAAUGCUGCAUAUAUUAAUGAAAUGGAAUGUAAUAAUGACUUAAGCAGAAUUGACAGAAGUAUGUGAAAAUAAUGUCUGUAGCUGCUAGGUGAAAUUUUUCAUACUUUCUUGACAAGAUGUGUCAUAAGUUGAUUGGAGGUUUACAGAUAUCUUUGUGUAUAGGUGUGUUGAAAGGUGCAAUUCAUAUUUAGUAGCUCAGAUUAUAAAUAUACUCUAAUAUAGAAUAAAAACUAAAAAUAUUUCAA